AUGAAAACCAAAGACCUUGCAUCGUGUCAAUUUCCAGAUAACAAAUAGCAGUUUUAUUUAUUUAUUAUUCUCUAUAGAUUGUUAGAUAUUUAUCUACUUACCUUUUAUAAAAAGCCCCCGAUAUAACCAAUCCCUGUAAACCAAUAAAGCACCUAAAGAAAGUUGUCUAUCAAAAGAAAAGCAGGUUCGGUUAAAGAAAUCUUCUAAGAAAAUGCAAAGCCAAUUAAGGAUCAACUUCACCUACAACCAUUAAAACAAAAUUAAUUUCAGAGAGUUCUAUCUUAAAAUACUAGAUGUAAAGACAUCCCUGAAGAAAUUGCUACAGAAAGACCAUCUCUCUCUAAGUCGAAGAAUAAAAGAUACAAAAGUGUAAAUCUAACCAAAAAGUUUUAAUAUUUACAUAAAAAAAUUGAACCACUAGAAACAACCCAAAAUAUUAACUAGUAUCAAUCUUAUAGAAUAAAUUGCAAUCCUAUUAAUAGUAAUUUGGAAUCAAAAUGGAAUAGCUAAUUAAAUCAAUUAGAAUAAUUUAGUUAAAAUUCAGAAUUAUAUCCUCAAAAUAAUAAUCCUUGUCAAAACAAGGUGUACCAUAAAAAAUUGAUUUUUCCAAAAGAAUUUUCAGCGAAUGGUCUAUACAAGAAAUAUUUUGCUUGA